UUGGCGCACAGUGGAGGGUUUCUUCAUAUAGAGGUGAGCGCAACUCGCGAAACGAUUCAGUCCUCUCGAAACCACGCGGCAAAAGACAAUUCUUGGGAUAAGCAAUAAUAACUGCGGGUUCAUCUUCCUUUGUGCCGAUCAUAUUCGCGAAUUUUUACGAAUUUUUAACGAGUGGCAUUUUCGAUAUACGGAAAUACAACGAAAACGGACUUUGUGCAAUAUCUGUGUGCAACGUUGCAGCUGUGAGUUCUUCUUCGGGUAAUCGUCUAAUUGCACCAUGGAGCAAAAUGGUAUCUCGAUAAUAUCGCCACAGGAUGUCAUGGAAAACUCUGUUGGAAAGUCCAAAAGUAUCGGCAUCACAUUCAGGUCCAAUGGUGCAAUACAGUUGGCAAAGGAGAAGCUGAAGGCACCCUGGCUAAAGAAGACGGAGGAGGAGGAAGAUAGCACGUGGGACAAGUCCAUGGCUGUCCUAGGAGAAUUGAUUGGAACCACAAUUCUAAUCUUUCUGGGGUGCAUGGCAUGCAUGGGUAGUAUGAAGCCGUAUAUCCCUGGGAUUGGGCCAUCUAUGAUACAAGUUUCCUUUGCUUUUGGUCUCGCUGUUAUGAUUGCUAUACAGUGCGUUGGUCACAUCAGCGGCGCUCAUCUCAAUCCGGCUAUUACGAUCGCCGCAGUAAUUCUUGGCAAAAAGUCCCUCAUAAUGGCUGGAUUUUACAUUAUUGCACAAUGUUUGGGUGCCCUGUUAGGUUACGGCUUGCUAAAGAUGAUAACGCCGGCAGAUCUUGUGCAUGAUGGUGAUUCAACGACAACCUACAAGUUUUGCACGACGAACGUUAAUGAGGCCAUCGGGAUCGGACAUGGAAUCGCGGCUGAGGCUCUUGCUACUGGCGUACUUGUUUUUUUCGCGUGCAGUAGUUGGGACUCGCGAAACGCGAAGAAUAGCGACUCGUUGGGAUUGAAAUUUGGCCUCUGCGUCUCCAUGCUAUGUCUUGCUUUCAUCCCUCAUACCGGCUGCAGCAUGAACCCCGCUAGAUCGUUCGGACCAGCAGUCUGGACUGGCCACUGGCGCUAUCACUGGUUAUACUGGUUGGGACCGAUUGGAGGCUCCGUUAUUGCGACUUUAAUCUAUCGAUGCUUAUUUUUGAAAAAUCAGAAGAAUACGCAAGAUGUAGAAACUUUGAACGACAUCGAGACUUAAAUGGAAUAAUGUUGAGCGAAAUUGCAUUCCGGUCGUCGGUGGUUCACAAAUUGAACAAGAAAUCCUGAUCGCACUGGUAUUCUCCCUGGUUGAGAAAGAGGACGUUGCGAAAGUUGCGGUGAAAGCUCUCGUGCGGAGCGAUAGAAACAGACGAGCUUGGAACUUUACGGAUUUCUACUUCCAAGACGCUCGGAAACGUCCCAUUCGAAAUCUUGUAACCUGAAGGAUCGCAACGCAUCGAAGGACUGCUACGCGACAAGGAUUUUUGUGUCGUAGACUGAUGUGACAGAUUUUGUACAAAAGUACGAUAUAUUAUUUAUAGAUAAGACACCGUGUACCUACUAUUAUAUAUUUUGUUAAAUUAAA